GUGGAUUAAUCAAUUAAUAGUUCUUGUGCUCAGUCCGGCAAAGGCUAUGAUUCUUAAUCCUGCUACUCGUGCUUACUCAACUGAGGCUAAUGUUUCUGGCCCUGGAAGCCACUUACAUGGAAGUUCAGCUGAAGACAGCGAACGGGAAAAAACGAAAUGUCUUCCUGGUUUUAUAUUCCUAUGUAAUAUGAGCACAAAGUUGCAAUGUUACCAAUACCGUGUGUUUGGACUUCCCUUUGGCAGAAUGGAAGUGGUGGAGAAGAUAAAGAUUGGUUCAAAGCUAUUUUUGUUUGAUUUUAAGUCAAAGCUUCUAUAUGGUGCAUAUGAAGCAACUUGUGAUGGAAAUCUUAACUUGGAACCUGCAGCUUUUGGAGGGCAAUUCCCUGCUCAGGUAAAAUUCAAAAUCUUUAAGGAAUGUCUUCCAAUUCAUGAAAGUUCCCUCAGGUAUAUUAUAAAGGAAAACUAUACAGGCGCAAAAUUUAAGCAAGAACUCGAUGGCGAGCAAGUGGCGAAAUUGAUAUCAAAUUUUCGUCCUCUCGUUUCAUCGGUAUGCCAGCCUGCACCACAAGCUCUGGCCCAUGUACCCCGACCAGGGGCCGAUCCUCCUUCGCUAUUAGAAUAUCAGCAUAACCUUACUGGGAGAAUGCCUAACAUGGAAGUUCCUUACACACCAGUGGUGCAGUAUAACAACAUCCGCCCGCCAGUGGAGGCUCAACCUGUUCUUAACGCCACUUAUCCAGAGUACGGGUUUCGUAGAAGAGCAGCUUAUGUGGAAAAUGUACUGCCAACUUUGGAGCAUCAAAGUUUUCCAGCAGCCAGUAGUUAUGCCUCCCAACCUCAACUUCAACCUCAACGACCAUUGUUUGCCGAAGCACCUUAUGUGGAAACUGUACAGCCAACUUUGGACCGUCAAAAUUUUCCGGCAGCCAGUAGUUAUGCUGCGUAUCCUCGACCUCAACAACCAUCAGCUUAUGUGGAAACGGUACAGCCAACUUUGGAGCAUAAAAGUUUUCCGGCAGCCAGUAGUUAUGCUGCGUAUCCUCAACCUCAACAACCAUCAGCUUAUGUGGAAACGGUACAGCCAACUUUGGAGCAUCAAAGUUUUCCGGCAGCCAGUAGUUAUGCUGCCCAUCCUCAACCUCAACAACCAUUAGCUUAUGUGGAAACAGUACAGCCAACUUUGGAGCAUCAAAAUUUUCCGUCAGCCAGUAGUUAUGCUGCGUAUCCUCAACCUCAACAACCAUUGUAUGCCGAAGCAGCUUAUGUGGAAACUGUACAGCCAACUUUGGACCAUCAGAGUUUUCCGGCAGCCGGUGGCUAUGCUGCCUAUCCUCAACCUCAACGACCAUUGUAUGCCGAAAAUGUUGGCCAUUAUGCUGCCCAUCCUCAACAACCACCACCACAGUUUGCUGAAAAUGUUGCCCAGCAGCCAUUAAGCCGAUUUUAUUUAAAUAAUUAUGCGUCAUCAUAAGAAACUGAUUAAACCAGCUUUAUCACUUGCGCUGCAGCAAGCCACCACCCCAGUUUUUCUUCUAUAAUUAUAGUCUAUGAUAUGAUACC